AUGGAAAGGAGGAGGGUAGAAAUUCCAGGUAAUGACAAAACACCUUUUGUGAUUGUCAGUGAAAACCUUCUGUUCUAUCAUGAAAUAAUCCCGUCAUACAGAAAUCAGGUUCAGCAAAUCGUCCUGGAACAUGUCCAUGCUCAGCCACAGGGUAUCACGAGACCAAUCAAUCAAUGGAAUGGGAAAAAAGAAGAGAAACAUUACCCUAGUUUUAGUUCUGGACAUACACCCACUAUUCCUUGUGGGACUGCGGGUGAUAACACACCAGCUGCUUGUCUGCCGGUUACAGAUUUGGCGCCCUUAGAGUUGGCCGCCAUGUUGAUCGCCAUUGUAAGUCUCGUGCUGUUUGGCGUGGGACUUCUAUGUUUCUGCUGCUGGAAAUUUCCCUCCAUCAGAACUAGAACUUACUGGGACAAACAGACAAAGAAAAUACUCAGAUCUAUAUAUAACAAAAUUCAAAAGGAAAAAGAAAAACCGAGUGACACGAGGACGCUAGUGAUGCCUGCAAUGCGCAGGCGCCAGUCGGAACAAACAACAUUUGUUGUUCCACGGAUAUAUGUGGAUUAUGGAAGUCGUAGAACUUCUUACGCUUCAGAUUAUUUUCGGAGAUCAUCAGGUGAAAGCGGAAGUAGCAGAAGGACUUCUUGUGCUUCUUCCCUUGCAUCUAUGGACGAUAGAAGAGGUUCCGGAAGUAGUAUAAGUAGCAGAAGAACUUCUGCAGCUUCUGAUGUUGAUCGGAGAGGAUCCGGAAGUAGCAUUUGUAGCAGAAGAACGUCUCUGUUAUCUUCUGAGUGUCCGUCCCGAAGAGGAUCCGGAAGUAGUAAAAGCAGCAGAAAGAGUUCAGAUGCCAGUAGAAUUGGUGAUAUUACAGACGACAUUCUUGCUGAUUUUUCAGAUUGUGAAAUCUUGGAGGAAGAUUACCGAUCAGUUAUGCAGACACAGGAACCUCGAAGAUCUAGUCUGGAAGAAAAUAUCGGCAAAACAGUGACUCCAGCUGAAAAGAAGAUGUUGUAUAGAAGGAGUCACUCCUUGGCGGAAAUUCGACCCACGCACGUGUUUCUGCCUGAAGGACGAGGUCGCACAGACGGCAGACGGAUAACUUUGUCCUCCUUGGCUCUAGACCACAAUAUAGCCACCGUCGGUCACCAUUAUCAACGAAAGAAGCCAAAAUUCAAUAGACCGAGUGGGAUUGGGCUACCAGACAAACCUGUUGUCAUGCACGACUUGAACUUGGAGGAAAUGGUGGUUCCCCGAUUGGCGGCUCCACUGCAGCCUACAGGAAAACUAAAGAUCCAGUUUCAGUAUUCAGAGGACAGAACUUCCUUAACUGUUAUCAUCAUUGAGGCCAGACGGCUUAGAAUAGAGGGUAUACCAAACGAUACAGAGUUAAAUCCCUAUGUGAAAGCAUUCCUUGUUCCAGGAAAAUCUUUCAAAUAUAGAACAAAAACAAUUCCAAAAACAAAGAAUCCUGCUUUUUUGGAGAAGUUCAUAAUAAAUGAUGUUCUACCAAGCGAUAUUAACGAUGAAACCGUUCUUGAAUUCCAAGUCUAUUCCUCACAUCACGUGACCAGACGUCACUUAGUGGGCGUGGCGUCAAUAUCUCUUAGGGCAAUAGAAACUUUAGAAAACGGAUUAGUGGACCUCACUAUCAUGCCACAAACUGUUUGCAGGCUUCAUCAAGGUGAUAUAAGGAUAUCAGGCUGUUAUCAGCCAGUUGCUGGUAAAAUGGUUUUCAACAUUUUAGAAGCAAGGAACAUCCCUCGUGUUUCAAUACUUGGUGCUGUCAAUCCGUAUGUAAAGAUAGAAAUGUAUGUCAACGGAGUUAGAGAAGCAAAGGGCACCACAAAAACCCGCCAAAAUACUCAGGACCCCAUGUGGAACCACCAGGCUGUGUUUGAAAUUAACAGAGAAAACCCUAAACUUCUUGGUCAUGUUUUCUUGUUUCGUGUUUUUCACAAGGAUAUGAUGAUGGGUGUCCAGGAAAUUGGACAGGUAGAAUUUGGUUGGCACAGCCACGGGGAACAAUUAGACCACUGGUACGACAUUAUGGAACAUCCACAUCGUCCCACAGACUACUGGCACCAAAUCAUCAAAACCAGCAAACUACAAACAUAACACACAUUCACACACUCAUACACACUCACCAAAGAGCAAGAAAAAUGUCGGCCAAAAUUAUAAAACCAAUAGGAAGCACUAACAGGAUAUUAAAACCGAGGAAAUCAGUGGGCAUAUUGUUAUUAUUCUGUGAAUGAGCUAUUUAUCUCGUGAAUGAAAAAAGGAAGUCUUACUUAGACUGAGAUGAAACUAAGUAAUCUUCAGUCUAACUUUAAUUUUUAUACAUUUGGAAGUGAUGUUUUUCGUUUGAUCCUUUUUCCUUAAAUAACAUAUGAUAUGUCAGCUGUGAAUUGAAAAUGCUUACAAAAUUACGACUGUAGUGUGAUGAACCGUGCACCUGUACGUGUUAUUAUGUAACAUAGACAGAUGGAGAAGGUUGUAAAUCAGCCUCUUCUAUAUAUGGUAAUCCUAGACAGACUUGUCCAUAUGCUGUGGUUUGUGUUUCAUAUUCUGACAGCCUGUGAAUGUUUGGUAAAGACGUUUCUGGGUGUUUGUUGCUUUUUCGGAUUCGUUUUUUUUGUAUGUAACUUAAAAGUGAGAUCAAGGAAAGCAAAAUAAAUUAGCUUUUAACAUUAUAAAAAUGCUGCAUGUAGUUGAGGGUAACAUUGAAAAUUUUCACCCCAAGAAAAUAUUUUUCAAUCUUACCUCAACUACAUGCAGUAUUUAUUAUUUUAUAAGGAAUGUUUUAUAGAA